AUGAGAACAAAUUAAGGUUCAAAUAAUGAUCUUCUUACUAGAAAUUAUUAAGGAAGAACAGAUAUAGAUCAAUUAAUAAAUACUUCUCCUAAUGGAGGAAGAGAUUUAACUGUUUAAAAUAAUUCUGGAUAUGUUUCCAGAGAUAAAUAUAAUAAACUCAAAGAUCUUAAUUCUAAAUUAAAAGUAUUGCAACUACUAAGUUUUAGGCUACAUUAAAAGAGUAUAUUUAAAAUACAAAAGAUAAAGAAAGAUAAUUAUAAAUAAAAGAGGAAUAAUUAAUUAAAUAUGAAAAAGAAAGAGUAGAAUUCUAAAAUAAAGGCAAUGAAGAACUUCUAACAUAAAUAAACGAAUUAAAAAUUAAAUUGUAAGAAUUAAACACUAAAAUCAGAUUACUUAAAGAUUCAUCAAAAACUAUGGAUUCUAGAUUAGAUGAAUAAAAAACUAAUUUUUAAGUUGAAUUAGAUAGAGUAUAACGUAUGUAUGAAUUGUAAUAAAAUGAAAUGUAAUUGUUUUAAUGAUUAUUUAGAAAAGAACAUGAAAAAAGAUAUUUAAUAUUAAAAGAUGAAAAUAGUAUUUUAAAAUAAGCAAUUUAGUAAAGAGAAGAUUAAUGUAGAUAUUUUGAAAUGACAGUUUAAGAUGAUAGGUAACAUUUACAAUUAUUGGAAUAAAAGAUCAAAGAAUUAUAAGAAGAAAAGAAAAUCUUAUAAAUAGGAAUUGAUAAUUAAAUAUCUAAAAUAGAUGAAACAGAAAAGUUCAUUAAAUUGAAUAAUUAACGUCAUCAAUAAGAAAUCAAUAAAAUUGAAUAAGAGAAGUAACAACUUUAAAAUGAAUAUCUUUAAUAAAUUAAUCAAAAAAAAGAUAAAAGUAAAUCAUUAUAACUUUAAAUCUAAUUAUUGGAAUAAUAACAUAAUCAAUAAUAAAAAGAAGAAUUAUCAUUUAAUAAAAUUAUUUAAGAAUAAAAAUAGGAUUAUUUAAGAUUGCAAUUAUAACUUGAAGAUUAAAAAAGUAAAACUGACUAAGCUUUUAAAGAAAUUAAUUUUAAAGUUUAAGAAGUUAAGGAAUUAAAAUUAAAGUUGGAAUCUUAAAAAUCUGUAGUUUAAACUUAUGAAGAUAAAUUAGCUUAAUAUGAUAUCUAAUAUUAAUUAGAUUAAAAUGAAAAAUAAUAGAUGUUAUUUGAUAUUGAUUAAAUUGAUUAAGAAAAUAAGAAAUUGUAACAUCUACUUUAUGAAUCUGAUAAAGAUAUAGCUUACUUAAAAUAAUAACAUGAAGAUGUAAUCAAUUUUAUUAUUUUUAUAGGAUUUACUUUAAAUAGAAAAAAAAAUUGAAUCUCUGAUUCGUUAACUAAAUGAGUCUAAAGAGGAAUAACAAGAAUAGAAAAAAUUAAUUUAAGAAUUGAAAAAGCAAGUAUUCUCUAGUGAUGAAUAAACAAAUGCAUAUAAAAAUAAAUAUUUAAAAGCUAAAUAAAACUAAAAAACAUUAUAAUCAGAAUAAAAAUAUGUAAUAAUAAUUUGUGUAAUAUUCUAGUUAGAGGAAAAAGUCAAAUUAAUGGAAAGUGAAAGAAUUUUUGAAGAAAAAGAAGCAUUAAAAACUAAAGAUUACACAAUUUAAUAGAAAUAAGUCUAAUAAAGCAAAAUUAGAGUACUUGAUGAAAUCUAAAGUAUGAUCAAACAACAUAAAAAAAUUACAAGUUGA